CUCGUAUGGGCAAGAAUUUCAGGUGGUCCCCUUUCGAUGCCAAGAUGCCUCAGAAGUCAUGUCUUCAGAACCACCGAGUUCGAAGAUGACGUUGAGGUUGAACCUGGUUUUACAACAAACUGGAAUGGAAACGAGUGGUCCGCCGGCGAAGUUAAUGAUGUGUAG